ACAACACAACGCUAAAUCCCUAACUCAUCGCCAUAUUCCCGUUUAGUUAUAUUUCACCUUUUUAGUAACUUAGAAAAAUAACCGUUUGCUGUUGGCGCGUGAAAUGGAAAGCGAAGAAACCGACCAAAUUCAAGAAGUCGAAGAAGAGUCUCAAGAUUCACAAGAACUGGGCGAAAUUCCCGUACAAUUAGACGACUCUUCAGUUUCUUACGCCACUUUAAGUCUAACAAACAGUUCGAAUAUCGUUAGAGGAAAAUAUUACAAACAGACGUAUCGCCCAGCAUGGGAACAGAUGCCAGAUUUUAAAGGUUGGCUUAGAGGAGUCGUUGGGGAACCCACGCGGGCCUAUUGCACCUACUGUCAGAAAACCCUACAUGCCCAUCGGCUGAGCCUCCUCAAACACACGUGCACCAUCAGGCACCAGAAAGCGGCCCAAAUACACAACAAUCGCAAGAACAAGAAUCAAAACAUGGAACAGCAGGAGAUCCACGCCGUGGUGCUCCAAGAGGAAGACUUGAAUCAGACUGAGAUGGACAACGAAGAUGGCGACACGAUAGAAUACACCGAAAUGACGUCAGAAGUGGAAGAUGAAGAAAACGCACAAAAGGACGGCUUCGACCAGGAGAUAGUCGAGGAAGAAGAAGAAGAGGAAUCCACUUUGGAACUCCAUCAAGUCCCCUUUGAGAAGCGUAACCAAAAUUUCCAAGCCAAUCAAACGAAAGCGCCGAUUUCCACUCACGUCAUUGAUACUACAAGAGGAUGUCCCGUUUCAGGACUGCAAGUUAGUCUUUAUAAGUUGAUUGAUGGGCGCUGGACUUACAUUAAUGAAGGUGUCACAAAUUUGAAUGGUAAAUUUGGGGGGUUUGUUGAUCGCUCGGACUUCUCCCCAGGGAGGUACAAACUGCACUAUGAUGUGGAUAGGUAUUUUGAAGCCCGAAAACAGGAUACUAUGUAUCCCUUCAUUGAGGUUGUUUUUGACUGUCGUUCCACCAAUGAAAAUUAUCAUGUACCCAUAAUUUUAAGCCCUUAUGGGUACUCAACAUACAGAGGAUCUUAAGCAAAUUGAUAAUAUAGUUUUAGAAUUAAGUACUUUAGGCUACUUGGGUGUGUUUCUUUAACACGCCAGUAUUAUAGACGUUUAUUUUAGUCUUAGAAUAGUUUAAUGUUAGGGUGUAUAUAUUUACUAAAGCCAAACCUUUUUUUUGUAUUAAUUGGACGUUGAGUAAAUAAAGUUCUUGGUACUGAAUGUA